AGAAAAGAUAAAUAUCCACUCUAUAGUGGGGAAUAUGCCCAACUUACAACCUUGGAAGUUACUUGUAACCAUGUAACUACCUAGGUAGGUACCUAAGGUAGGUACUAAGAGGAGCUACCUGACCUUAGCUUUCCAGAAGAAAAUCUAGGACCCCACGUACAUUUAUUCAAUAUAAUUUGACUUACAUCUCACAACGCGAGAAGGAACACAAAAGGUCAACCCAAUAAUUCAUUCAAAUUAUUGAUUAUAUUAUCUGAGGCGAGAGUGUGAUCAGAUCCUGAAGUCUGGAGACUCACCGAGACUUCCACAAUGAAAAUCCUAGAAGCACAAUCCGCUGUGUUGACCAACGUCGAGGUUUACACAUUUCUGGCUAACCAAGCAAAGCAAUAUGACGACCAGAAGCGCAAGGGACCAGCGAACUUAGAAACGAUACGUAAAGAGGUAUUGCAAUAUUUCGAGAGCCCGCCAGGUCCUCUGAGUCAGAAGCCGCUGCCAUUUGAUUCGGCAGCUAUCCCCGAGUUGGUUAAGAGACUGCGCCUGUACCAGAUCACCAAAGGAGAAUGUAUCAUGCUCUUCAAUAUCCGUCCUACUAACGUUCCUGUCCUCAAUACCGUCAUAGAAGACAUGGAAGACCGCUUCACUGGCGACGAGCAGCAGGAGAUUCUCGACAUAGUCACCGAAGUCCUUGGGCAGUUUCCCCAGGAGCCCGAGGAAGGUGACCAAGGAGAUGGCGUUAUGGAAACCACUGAGAAUGGGCAAUGAGAACAGUUAACUUCAAAAAAGGACUCUUGACCCAGU